CAAAUGCCCGAACACCAACGUCACGUAGACCCUCAUUAACAAUUAAAUAUAAAAUGAAAUGACCGCGAUAAUUUCAGCAGACUGAAAACAUAGAACGCACAUGAAGCGGCGAGGGAUGAACACAGCAGCAUAGAUGUGGUUUUAAGGCGGGAGCCGCCAUGUUUUGUGGAGUUACUCUAUGAGCCUUAAUGAGGACUUGUUGAGAAGAUGGUGCUGAGGAGCGGCGGUCGGAGCUGAGGGGAGCGGCGGUCGGUGCUGAGAGGAGCGGCGGUCGGUGCUGAGAGGAGCGGCGGUCGGAGCUGAAGAUGUGUGUAGGUGGUGGUGGAUGCUCAGCAGCAGCCCCAUCAUCACCCCAUCGUAAAUAAAUGAGUCAACAUGGCCGCGGAGCAGCUCGCCCUGUAUCACCGCUGAGACACCGAAUAACACAACACACAGAUUAAAUGGCGUUCAUGUCCCGGUUCUCCCGGUCCCGGAGCAGCUCCAGGUCGCCGAACCGAAAAGACUCGGAGCGCGUGUCCCCGACCCUGACCGUGUCCGAGCUGGAGAGACUCCUGUGCACGGGCAAAACUGCCUGUAACCAUGCCGACGAAGUGUGGCCACGACUCUACAUUGGAGAUCAAGAUAUCGCAUCAGACCGCCGUGAGCUGGCCAAACUUGGCAUUACACACAUCCUCAACUGUGCCCAGAGCAAGUGGCGCAGUGGAGCAGAGUAUUACUUCGGCAUGAACAUCACCUAUCACGGCAUCGAGGCUCACGACUCCCCCACCUUCGACAUGAGCGUCAACUUCUAUCCUGCUGCUGAGUUCAUCCACAAAGCCCUCACAAGUGGAGGUAAGGUGCUGGUCCACUGCACUGUGGGAGUGAGCCGCUCUGCCACUCUGGUGCUGGCCUACCUGAUGAUCAGACAGAACCUGACGCUGGUUGAGGCCAUCAAGACGGUGAAGGACCACCGGGGCGUCAUCCCCAACCGGGGUUUCCUCCGCCAGCUCAACGGCCUGGACGGCAUCCUGAGAGAGAGCCGUAAGACGUCGCCGCACAGCUGAAAACCCCCUCGACACACACACACUCACUCACUCACACACACACACACACACACGCACACACACCUACCUGAGGACUGGUUAAACUGGGGGAGAUAAUGGGACCAAGUUAGGAGCAGCUAGUGGGUUUCUGAUGCUGUGGCUCUUAGUGACAGACGGUGAGAGCAGGGUUUGACUGAUAUCUGAUUAUAAUAUCUUCAAACUCAAUUUUUAUUUGUUAUAUAUUUAUAUAUUGUUGUUGCGUUUGAGGCUACAUCUACACUGCUACGUUUUGGUUUAAAAACAAAUACCUUUUGCUACGUUUAC